UUUCGCGUCAUGUAUUUCCAAUAGGUAUAGAAUGUUUAAGUAGACUUGUCCUAUUUUUGAAAUUAAACUCUGGUGUCGUGUUAAUAUUUUCGUUUAAAUUUUAAAUUAUGAAUUCUAGUCUUUGGCUAAGCAUGCGCAGCUGGUUUGAUAUUUCUUUAUGUAGGUAAAAAGUAAAAUUUGAGUGAUUGGAACUUCCAGAAUGCGUUGUCAUUUUGGUGAUAAUGGUGAUGGAACAAAUUCUCUUCCGUCAGGCUUAAAUAUUUGGAGCGCAACGAGUCAUCAGGCUCUAAGUGUUUUGAAAAAUAUCGAUAAAUUUGAUGAUAAUGAUUUUACUACUAGUGGAUUAUCUGACUUGCAAGCCCUUGACUCUGUUUCAUCAUCUCAGAAAAGAAAGAUAUUCGAUUGUGAGCGAGAUGAUUUUGAGGAGAGGUUUUAUAAAAUUCAAAGAAGAAAACAAUUGCAACAGGUGACUGCCAGAGCUAAUCUGGUUGUAGAUGAUAACGAUGAUGAGUUUGACGAAGAAGAUAGGAUUUAUGAACAAAUGGAUUGGAUAGAGAGAGAAAAUAUUAUUGGUACUUGUGCUCAGGAAAAUAAUGAAGAUGAACAAUCAUUUCAAAGUAUGAAUGCAACUGCUACUCUUAUGUAUGUCCCUAAAUUAAAAUGGAAAGAAGAAAGACGUCGACUUUUAAGGAUUUCAAUGGCUAAGAUACGGGGUGUUGAAGAUCCUGAAACUUACCUUCGUCGUUCCGUCCUAAUAAACAAUACUGUUAAAAGGCUUCAAAGAGAUAUUUCAGUUAAUUAUCGGUGCCAUGCCGUAACAUCAUCGUCGUCAUUCUUUCAUGAAAGUGUGGCUUAUCCAAAUGAAAAUACUGACAGCUGGGAUUUUGAAAAAACUGAUGUUAAUAAGGAACAAGUGCAUUCUGAAACAGCUUUUGAUUUUGAAUAUGCUGCUUCAGUCGUGAAUAAUAGUGCUCCUGCCAAUUUUAGUGAGCUUCAAGUCCAGUCAGAUAUAUCUUUGAACUCUCUGAAUUUCCAUGUAUCAUUUGCAUCAUUUUCUUCCGAAAAACCUCACAGUGCUUUUCAUCAUGAAGUUCUACAUUCUUCUUUGAACAAAAAUAUUUUUGAUGAACAAAUACUAAAUGAAGGGUCACUUUCUCCACGAAUUGUGAAACAACCAGCUCCUAUUCAUAUGUUUUCUUCUCAGCCAUGUGGUUUGCAAUAUAGAAACCCAAUCCAUGAUGAAGAUAAUAACGAAUAUCAUGAAUCAUCUGGCUCAUCAUCCCUUAUUGAUUCUGUUGUUUAUCACAGUUUAAUGGCUUCUCUUGAAACAUGAUUAUUUUUGAUGAAAUAAGUCUUAUAUUUUCCAAAGCCUUAAAUUGAUAUAUAUUAUAUGAAUAUGCCAUUUGUGAUCAGUUUUAUAUUUAUGUUAAAGGAAAGUUUGUGAAAGUCAGAUUUGAAUGUAAAUUUCAUUAUUCGCAAUCCAGUCCAUAAAGAUGAUAAUAGCAGUUAUCUUAAAGCAACUGUAUUAGAGGUACAAUCCUUUUGAAUCAUGAAGAUAAUAGUUAUCAUAAAGCAACUAUCUCAUUGCUCUUUCUGUAUUCUUUUGUAUAUUAGAGAUACUAUGCUUUUGAAUCAUGAGUAUUUUUUAUAAAAUUACCAAAGUUUUGUGUUGAUAUGCAUUAUAUAAAUAUGUCAUUUAUAAUUUAUUUUACAUUUGUGUUGAAGUUAUAUGAAGAUCAUAUUGGAGGAUAAAUUUUGAUAAUUCAUUUCAUUCAUUUUUCUGAGCACUGAUAAUUAUAUUCACAUAUUUUCAUAAUUUUUCAUUCAUAUUUUUAAGUACCAGUAAUAUAAAUAUUCUGAUAUAAAACUUGUUUAAUAAGUACUUAUUAAUUUUUUUAAGUGUUGAUAUUAAAUGUGAAUUAUGUUUAUUCUGUGUAAAGUUUUAAAUAAUAUGGUUCUGCAUAGAUAGUAAGAUAUAAAAUUUUAUUCCAUUUUAAUUUAAAAAAAACUAUGCGCUUGAAUCAUGAGUAUUUUUUAUAAAAUUACCAAAGUUUUGUGUUGAUAUACGUUAUAUAAAUAUAUCAUCUAUAAUUUAUUUUACAUUUAUGUUGAAGUUAUAUGAAGAUCAAAUUGAAGGAUAAAUUUUGAUAAUUCAUUUCAUUCAUUUUUCUGAGCACUAAUAAUUAUAUUCACAUAUUUUCAUAAUUUCUUUCAUUCAUAUUUUUAAGUACCAGUAAUAUAAAUAUUCUUAUAUAAAACUUGUUUAAUAAGUACUUAUUAAUUUUUUAAGUGUUGAUAUUAAAUGUGAAUUAUGUUUAUUCUGUGUAAAGUUUUAAAUAGUAUGGUUCUGCAUAGAUAGUAAGAUAUAAAAUUAUAUUCUGUUUUAAUUUAAAAAAACUAUGUGUUUGAAUCAUGAGUAUUUUUUAUAAAAUUACCAAAGUUUUGUGUUGAUAUACAUUAUAUAAAUAUAUCAUCUAUAAUUUAUUUUACAUUUGUGUUGAAGUUAUAUGAAGAUCAAAUCGGAGGAUAAAUUUUGAUAAUUCAUUUCAUUCAUUUUUCUGAGCAUUGAUAAUUAUAUUCACAUAUUUUCAUAAUUUUUCAUUCAUAUUUUUAAGUAUCAUUAAUAUGAAUAUUCUGAUAUAAAGCUUGUUUAAUAAGUACUUAUUAAUUUUUUUAAGUGUUGAUAUUAAAUGUGAAUUAUGUUUAUUCUGUGUAAAGUUUUAAAUAAUAUGGUUCUGCAUAGAUAGUAAGAUAUAAAAUUUUAUUCCAUUUUAAUUAAAAAAAACUAUGCGCUUGAAUCAUGAGUAUUUUUUAUAAAUAUAUCAUCUAUAAUUUAUUUUACAUUUAUGUUGAAGUUAUAUGAAGAUCAAAUUGAAGGAUAAAUUUUGAUAAUUCAUUUCAUUCAUUUUUCUGAGCACUGAUAAUUAUAUUCACAUGUUUUCUUAAUUUCUUUCAUUCAUAUUUUAAGUAUCAGUAAUAUGAAUAUUCUGAUCUAAAACUUAUUUAACAAGUACUUAUUAAUUUUUUAAGUCUUGAUAUUAAAUAUGAAUUAUGUUUAUUCUGUGUAGAGUUUUAAAUAAUAUGGUUCUGCAUAGAUAGUAAGAUAUAAAAUUUUAUUCCAUUUUAAUUAAAAAAAUCCUGAAUCUUUACAUUCAUAUAUUCAUACUUAAAUUUAUAUUUUGAAGUGCUGUAUAAGUGUUUUUAGUUACUGACUCUUCUAAUAUAUUUUACAGUUUAAAGAUUAUUUGUUAUUGAUAGAUCUUGUAAAAAAAAUACCAGUUUUAAAUCUUUUAUGUGCAAUCAAUUUGCUUUCAGUAUUGAAUUUAGAAUGUUUUUUAAGAGGGUAAAAAGUCAAUAAUAAGACUUGUGAACAUAAUUAGUUUUCAGUUAUUGUAGCAUUUGUUCAGUUUCUUACAACAGCACACAAUUUCAUUUUUGUUUUAUAUCUGGAAUAUUCAAGUUUUCAUGUAUCUUACAGAGUAAAAAUUAUUAGAAUUUAAGAAAAAAAUAAAGCUCAUCCUGGUUGAAAUUAUUUGCAUUGUCAAAUUAAAAUGAUGUCAGAAAAAUCCUCUUAAUUAAAACUUGGAAUGAAAUUCGUUAACACUAUUAUUCAUGAUCAUCUAAAUAUAUUUACUCAGAAAAGCUGGGCAGUUUUUUAUUAAUGUGGGAAAUUACAUAUGUUGGAAAUCAAAGACGUGUCACCUAUUGUUUAUCUAGGCUCAUAUUUUUGUUGCCUACAAUUUGGUGGUAAAAUAGUGAACUAGGAUAACUGAUAAGUAAUAAAAACAUCUAAAAAAAUAAUUAGAUGCAGUUCAAAGUUAAGCUUAUAUUUGACAGUUCAUAUGUUUGUGUUAGGAACAGAAUUGUUUUAAAUUAUUUGGUUUUUUGCUUUAUUAAUGUAAAUUUAAAUUCAUCUGUAUUCAGUCUUUAUAUUCCACCAACAAUUAGCAAUCAGUUAAGUGUCCUUUUUGGAAGGAUGUUUUUUUUUUAAGUUAUUCAAUAAAAAUUAAUCCAGAAUGCUAAACUUCUGAUUAAUUUAAAAUCAAAAUAUAAGUAUUUAUCUAUUUUCAAAUCAUAGCACAAAUGUAGUAUCAGGUAAAUGUAAUGUAUAAUUUUGAUAGAAAAGAAUGCUACAAUAAUGGAUGAUAGUUCAGAUUUCAAUUGGUAGAUGCAAAGAUGGUGCAUAAAUAACACAAAGCACAAAUUGACAAAAUAAAAUUAAUAAUUUGUUAAAUGUGCAUUCCAUUUUUGUUCAUAUGUUCAACAAUAACAUGAAGGGUUUGUUCAAGAAUUGUAGCAAUCUAGCAUAUUACGCUUGCUUUCAGUUAUGCAGAGUUUGUAUGUUUACAGACACGAAUUUUCAGGAAUUCCCAUAUGCAUAAGUCGCGGGGACUCAAAUCCAGAGAACAAGGACACCAGGUGUUUGGAAAGGUCAAAAUUACCUAAUCGUUUAAAAGAUAGGUUCAAAGGAAUUCCUUCACUUGUCAGUCAAUAUGGGCUGUUGGGCCAUAUUGCAACAAGACUAGUCUUUAAACAUUCUUAUCCUUUUCAGACAGAAAUGGUUUGCUGUGCCAGGAGUUUGCAAUAACAAGUGCUCAUGACAGUAUACUUUUUAGGACCAUGAGUAUUCUUGAAGAAAAGUGGACUCAAAUAAAGUUCGCAGUAAAAUCACAAUCAUGUAAGAAUGCAGGUGUUCAGGUACAGUACUGGGACUUGCAGUAGCUCGUAUGCAACAGUUUUGAGGACAUCUAGGACAUCAUUUGAGCUGCAUCUAGGACAAAUAUUCUGUGACCACAGAAUAUUCCAGGCUGUGCACUAUCAACAGCAAGUACGUCCAAAAGCCAGCAAGAAAUAUUAAUGUGUUUUUGCACCAUGGGAAUCUUGUACGGAUAUUAAAGAAUGUAUUGCCCGGUCAUUUUAACAAAAGCGCUAUUUAAGACAAAACAUAAAAGGCCAUAUCAUAUCCAAAUCACGUGAUUCUUUGAAGAAUAUCAUAAAUAGGAUGCUUUGUCAACCACAGCAAAUAUGACUUAGAUCAUUUGAAACUUACCAUCUUCCAGGCUGCACAUCUAACUAUACAGUCUUUUUAAAUUCAAGUUAUAUUUUUCAAUCCUUUCUUCGAUAUAUGCCCUUUUCUUAAGGCCCUUCGAAUGCCAAUAUUCUCACAGUUGUGAUAAAAACAACAAGCUCAGUCUCUCUUUUCCCCCCACCUAAAGAUAUGGUGAAUGAUUUAAUGGCAUUUACAACUGGUAUUUUAAAGGGUGUCUAAUUUAAUAAUGACCUUUGUACAUUGGAUUAAAAAUGCCAUCUAGAGGUUGAAAUUUCAGCUAUUUUAAUUGCAGGUAUUUUCCUGUUGUCCAUACAGUGUGCAUACCAAUUUUCAACAUUAAAAUCUCACUACUAGAAAUUGUGUGUUUGCAGAUUGCUUUAUUAUGCAAAUGAAAUGCAUAUUUGGGGAUGAUUUUCCCAAACAAAAAAGUCAUAUCUUUUGAUAAAUUGAUGAUUUUUAAUUAACUAAUGUAAACAGCAGUACUGAAUCUACCAGUUCAUCAAAAACAGUAGUAAUGCAACAAAUGGAGAUUAUAAAUACCAUAUUUUAUAAGGAGCUGAAUAUGCUGACAGUAUGAUUUGAUGUGUUCAAACUACGCCUUCACAUGGGUAUUACAUUUUCAUUUCCCUUUAACCAAGAGCAUUGCCUGUUAAUAAAUAGACAUAUUGCAAAAGGACCUAGUACCAGUUUUGUUUAUAUAUAAAAUAAUAACCUAAUCACUUUGGCAACUUGUUCUGCUGUGACGUUGCAGUUUUUACUAGCCAAUUAUAAAUGGCAGUUUUGCGUCGUCUUUUGAGAUAUUCUAUGCUUCUAUUAGGAAAAUAAUAUAAAUAUUUGCCUCAAGUAAAAUUCUUCCUGCUGUCUCAAAUAUGUUUAUGUUGCCUAAAAUUAAAUAAGGCAGAUUGGUGCUUGUUAUGUUACAAUUUGAAUCUGUUUGCAGAGUAGAAAUUUAAGACAUUCAUUGAAAAUGUAAAUAUAAUGAUUUAACUGAGUAUUCCUUUCGCCGUCUUUUUUUCAAUUUCACUUAUGUUUCAGUGUCAUUCAUAUUAAAGUGCCUAUAAAUGAAUGCAUUGAAAUUUAAACAUGAAUGAAUGAAUUCAGUAUCUGCAUAAUUAAUUUAAUUAACCUAAUGAUAAUUCAAAAAUCAGUUACUAAAAAUGUUGAUCAAAUCAGUGUUUUGUUACACAUACCAGUGAAGUUCAUAGGCUUGGCUGAUUAGCUCUACCUGUGUUAUUGAUGUUAUGCUACAAGAAGAAAUCAAUGAGUAAGUCAUAAAUUUCCAUGAUGUAUUUAAAAAUAGUAGCAAGCUCUUUCCAUAUAUGUUAAUAGGGAGUAGAACCAUCCUAAUUCAUUUUAUUCAUUUUGUUAAUCACGAGGUAUUAAUGAAAUGAAUAUCAUCAUCUGUGGUUCAAUUCAAAAACACCUGUAAUUGGACUCGAUGAUUACAAGAAAGGAGCAACAUGCUAUCCUCUUUUUUUAUUUUUAUUUUUUUUUUUUUUUUUUUUUUUUUUUCUUGUUCAGAAAAGGAAAAAGUUAUUAAUAAAGGAAUCUUCCCUGUUUAUGGAAAGAAGUCUUUGUUUUGUAAAUCCAUGCAAAAGUGGUGCAAGAAAAUGUUCUUUUUUUUUUUUUUUUUUAAAUUGCAGUGUGGAUCAAAAAUUUUAAUGUGGCUGGGACAUCAAUCCAAAGAAUUUUAUACAACUGGUAUUUGAACAUUGAUGUAAAAAUGAGACAAGUGUUGUAAAUAAUUUUGAAGAUUAUGUUGAGAAAUAUUUUUAGGUGAUUAAUCUCGUUUAAGGUAUUUGGUAAUUGCCUUUUGUAACUUACCCUCACAUUCAACAAUAUUUGUAACAAAUUAAAAAAAUAAUUUUCACAGAUACAUAAAGAAAACACAUCUUAAAUCAACACAAGAAUGUGUGUUAAUCUGAAACGAGCAAACUGAAGUCAAGUCUCGGCUUAUAGAGUAUUUUUAUUAUUUCAUUGUAGAGACUAUGUUUUCAUUAUUUCAAGUGCACUAACCUGUAGGCCUUAGAUGCAUUGGAAGAAAUUCUGUUUUAGUAUAUGUAAUAAGUUGGUCAUUUGGAGGAAUGUAAGUCAUCUGAAAAUAUUGACUUGUAGAGCCAUUUGGGUAAGAAAGCAGAAGUAUUAAUAGAGGAUGAGUAGUCUGGCAAGGUUAUGGCAUGAUGAGAAUCAUGAGAGAAUUUUAUGAUCAAAGAAAUUCAGACCUUUUUCUUUAAAUGCAGAAAGAUGAAAAGUUACUUCAGUUCCAGUUGCUCAACAUAGAUGCAUUUUUUACAGCACUCAUGUUACAAGUGUAUUUGUAUGUCACGCUAAGGCUGCAAUCACACAUCGGUUUGUUUCGGAAGAACAACUGUUUGGAAGAAUUUUUCUGUUUUGUCACAACAGCCAGUCACCAUAGAUCGCUUUGGGGUUAACACAGGGGAAACUGGUUCCCCAUUACAAACAAGCUGAUUGGUUGAAAACGAACAACUCGCAAUUUUUUUUUGGAAAGGAAGGAAAGGGUCGCAGUCUUUCUUUCAGUAGUAAACCAGGCAGAAAAAUUGUCCGAAACAGUUGUUCGUGUGAAACAAACGCCAUGUGAUAUGGGCCUAAUUGCACUAAAUUGUGCUGCUUGAUGCCACAGUUAAUAGGAUAAUAUUGGAAGUGCCAUUUUAUAUUUGUGUUCUGCUUUGUUUUUUGGGAUAAAGUUGCUCAAAAUUUAGUAGCUUUGCCGAUUGAAUCGUAGUUGUAUUAAUGGUAUGUGUUUAAUAAUUUUUAAAAACUGCAUGCAACUUUGAGUGUCAGAAAAACAAUGUAUUAAUAUACAUUAGUAUUAUUUUCUGUGUUGUCCAAUCUUUGGUAGUGUUUUAUGUAAAAGCUGAUAUAGUAUUGACUUUUCACAAGUUUCAUGCAUAUUAUAAUAUUUUUCAUGCCCUGAUCAGCGCUUAGUAUGUAUACAGUCAAAAGUUGUUAAUCCGGACUCGUCGGGACUUUGGCGAUUCCGGAUUAUGGGUAUCUGAAUUAACGACUUUUGACUGUAUUUGAAUUCUGAUCAUCACAUAAAAUUUCUUUUUGCAUUUCAAAAGUUUGCUAUUCUGUUUUCAUCAGAAUUCAUGCAGGAGAGAAAUAAAAAUUCCCUUCAUCAGUUUGCAGCUUUCUGUGCUGUAUUUUUCUAAAGCUUUUGAAUUAAUUCUAUCUUUUGAAAUAUUAGUGCUAUUUACAGUAAAUUUAAUGUUCCCAUUAAGACUGUUUACACCAAGCUAAUCAGUAAAGUAUGACCAAAAGGAAUCUUAAUUAUUUGAGUGAGUGAAAUUUAGCAUAGGAAAAACUGUUAAAUUAUUCUAAGUGUAGGAAAUUGACAUGUAACGUUGAUAUCAAUAACAUAAGUUACAAUAAUAUUGUGUGAAUUUGGCUUUUAUAGAUCAUGCAUAUCUGUGUGGAUGAAGAUAAGCUACUGUGACAUAUUUUACCAAUAUUUAGGCUGGAUUCCCCCCCCCACACACACACCCAAAAAAAAUGUGAAAGUUUCUUUUUAAGGGUGGUAUCAUUUUUUAUGAAGUAGUUUCCAUAUAUUAUGAUGAAAAUUGGAUUUUAUGCGAAUAUACUAGAGCCCAUUCAAAAUACUUCCGUCAUAACAGUAUGGCAGAAGAACUUAACCAAGAAGCCUUUUCUCCCUGUUGUUAACUGUGUCAAUUUGAAUUGGUUAAUUUUUUGGGCUGGUUCAACUUAAUCAUAUUUUAUUUUAAAUAUUAACUUUGUUUUAACCUGCAACUAAUUGAACUUCAUACAAUGUAACUUUGGAAGAUUUUAUAAGCAUAUAAACAAGUUAUAAGUUUUGUGGGAGUUGUUUUCUUAAUGAUUUUAAAUAUCUGAAUUUUUAAUGUGAAGCGAAGGGCUGUGUACCCUUUCUAACAAGUGUUCUAGUUAAUACUACAAUUGCUUAAGUAAUUUUAUUGUAAAUAAGAAGUGUUUAGUUUGCAUUAUAUGUGUUAAAAAUGUAGUUGGUAAGGCUUUUAUUUAAAAAGUUAUUUGAUAGAAAUUUAUAAUGAAUUUUCAUUUUAGAGUUUAUAAAUAUGUAAGCAGUUUUUGAUUAUUGAUACAGGAGGAUAGUAUUAUGGAAUUUAGAUUAUAUAGCACUUCAGCUGUUUUGUGAUGAAAUGGCUAUGGAAGUGUAAAUAUAUAUUAAGUUCUAAAAUUUUUUUGUCGAGAUUUGCACAACUGCUUUCUUUCUUAUUGUGAAUGCAUGUGUAUAUAAUAUAACUAAUAUAUAUAUAAAUAUAUAUACCAAAAAGGUUUUUAAGCAUUUUAUCUAGUGGAUAUUUUCUCUAUACUUGUGGCGUUUUAUUUUUUAUAUUAUGUAUUCUUGUAAAUGUGUUUCUUGCACCAGAUUUUAAUUUUACGAUGUACAGAUUUGUCCAUUAUGUUAUAAAGUUGUUUCUGUGAGAAUAUAAUAUAGGCAAAAAAUAUAUUGAAAUGUAAAAGAAUUUGAUAUAAAUAUAUAUUGAAACUUUAUUAUUUUUGCAUAUUUAUGACUUUCAUACAGCAAGAUAUGUUUUGCAUGCUGCAUUGCUUAUUGUUCUGAAAGCCAGAUUUUAUAAAUAAAUUCUUUAAACUUUCUAA